AUGUACAUUUGGCGAAUGCUCAUUGCUGUGCACAGUGGUCCCCGCUUGCUUGUUGCUAUCGCAGUUAGGAACUUGCUCCUGUACUCUCCAUUGAGGCCUCUCACUGGAGCUCGUAUGUUUCGACUUUUAUGUCAUGUCGCAUGUGCACUGAACGUCAUGGAGAUUUUGUUUCUACUCGGCUUAACUGCAAUUUCUUCUGUAGAAAAUCAUGAACUCCACAAGUUUUGCUUUAUUGGAUUUGCCGCUUCAGCCACAUUGUACAUGUUACUAAGUACGUGGUUAUUUCAUUAUUCAGGACGCAGGAGAACGACAAAUCUGGGUGAGCGAUCAUACGAGUACAAAAUUUUGGCGUGCUCUGGCUCAAUUAUCUCUAUGGUAAUGGCAAUGUAUCUGUACUGGAGACACAACACUUACUGUGAGCCUGGCGUCUAUACGAUGUUCGCAUUGGCUGAGUACUGCGUA